AUGGUGUAUACGGCAGCUUUGCUGUUCAGCCCUGGAAUCCCGCUGCUCCCGGAGGAAACCACUGCGGCUCACCUGAUCGACUUCUCCCCCGAGAACAUGCACUCAUCCCGGCGAGGCAGUGUGGAGAGCUGCGAGGACCAUGACAACGGCUCUCUGUGCGGCUCAGUGGAGGAGGAAGAGCGUCUCCUUCAUCACGCCAUAACUCGACAGCUGGAGCGGUGUCUGACGGCCUCAAAGUCCUCGGCUCUGAAAUGCCAGGCCCUGAUGCUUCCCUGUCACAUGACCAGCAGAGUGUCCCAAGACGUGAUCCGCGCCUCCGCCGACGAGCCCUGUGGCCUCCGCGGGGCCUUCGUCAGGGUCUACGCAGAGACCAAAGCCGGGCUGACAUUCCUGGGUGCCUUCUCUCCGGACCCCAGCGUCACUCCCACCUUCGAGCUGUCCGUGUGGUUCAAGAUGGAGGAGCGAGGCUGGACCACGCUCAAACGCAUAUUUGAACCCAGAAAAACGGUGAAGCUCCGGGCGGAGUACAGGCUGGUGAAGAGGAAGCUCUACUCUUCGGCGAGUCCGGUCAUUCACGAUUUCAACUAG